GCCAAUUUUACCUGCUGUAAAAGAGCAGCUCCGAAGCUGUUCAAAGGGUUGGGUUGGGCUACGGCAAAAUCUACCCCUUUAGAAUAAGUAUUUUAUUGUUUGUUUGGGGGUCUGGAGAGACUGGACUUCUCACGGAAAAAGAACAGGAUCACGCACAUGUUAGGCUAUUCAUUCAGGGGAAUUUUCCUAAAAUUGCUUAAUCCCCCAAACACUUCUGGAUUUUCACCGCGCGUCUAACACGGUCGACUUUGACCGCCUGGGUCGGUCUACGUCGCGUUGAGUUGCGGGAGAUCUGCGUUACAAAGAGACCUCUCUAUUUUUACAUGUUUUUUUUUUCAUUUCACCUUUAUUUAACUAGGCAAGUCAGUUAAGAACAAAUUAUCUUUGAAGGGAUUCACGUUAUUUUGUUGGUGUUUUUGAAAACUUUAUAGCCGAUUUACAGCAGAAGCGUCACCAUGUUGAGUAACGCUGGAGUCUAUGCUGUCAAAAAGCGGAAGAAGCCCGUUCAGAAAACCAAGAAAACCCCUGCUCCAGAAGUGGUCAAGUCGAACCCUUCCAAACGCCACCGGGAUCGGCUGAACGGGGAGCUGGACAGGCUGACGGGCCUUCUACCAUUCCCUGAGGAUGUGUGCUCUCGCCUGGACAAGCUCUCCGUGCUCCGCCUCAGCGUUGGGUACCUGAAGGUCAAGAGCUUCUUCAAAGCGACCAUGAAGAAAAGCAGUGUCCUGUUUCCCAAUGGGAAUGGGCUGAACAUUAAUGGGAUGGAAGCCACAACCUUCUCCAAGGGGGACCUACUACUCCAGGCUCUGAAUGGCUUUGUGCUGGUGGUCACAGCUGAAGGACAUGUGUUCUAUGCCUCUCCUACUAUCCAAGACUACCUGGGCUUCCAUCAGUCAGACGUGGUUCACCAGAGUGUGUUUGAGCUGAUCCACACAGACGACAGAGCCACGUUCAGACGACAGCUUCACUUUGCCCUCAACCCCAAGCCCUUUGACCCAGAGCAGGGAGGAGACGGCAUGGCAAGCAGCAGUGACAUCACCAGGAACAUUGUGACCUAUAACCCUGAGCAGCUCCCCCCAGAGAACUCCUCCUUCCUGGAGAGGAACUUUGUGUGUCGCUUCCGUUGCCUCCUGGACAACUCCUCUGGCUUCCUGGCUCUGAACUUCCAGGGGCGUCUCAAGUUCCUCCAUGGCCAGAGCAUGCUGGGGGAUGACGGGACACGCAGCCAGCCCAACCUGGGCCUGUUCACCAUUGCCACCCCUGUCCAAAACCCGUCCAUUUUGGAGAUCAGAACUAAGACAAUCUUCUUCCAGACCAAACACAAGCUCGACUUCACCCCCAUGGGUGUUGAUGCCAGGGGGAAGGUGGUCCUGGGCUACUCAGAGAUGGAGUUGUGUAUGAGAGGCUCUGGUUAUCAGUUCAUCCAUGCAGCUGAUAUGAUGUACUGCGCAGACAACCAUGUCAGAAUGAUUAAGACAGGAGAGAGUGGUCUGACCACGUUCAGACUGCUUCAGAAGACUGGGUGCUGGGUCUGGGUCCAGGCCAAUGCUAGGCUCGUCUACAAAGGAGGAAGACCUGACUUCAUCAUCGCACGCCAGAGAGCUUUGCUUAAUUCCGAGGGAGAGGAGCAUUUACACCAGAGGAAGAUGCAGCUGCCCUUCAGCUUCACCACCGGGGAGGCCCUGCUGUACGAGACCGGCCCCACUCUGGAUGCCACUGAGUUCCAAACCAACUCCCCAAAAAUCCGCAAGGUGGAGUCUCUGGACCCCCAGUCUCUGCUGGGCUCCUUACUGAAGCAAGAUGAGUCCGUCUACACCCAGCCCCAGGAGCCUCAGCUACCCAUAGACCAGGCAUUCAUGGACAGCCGAGCGCUCACCAAUGUGGCCUGUAACUCCUGGCAGAGUAGCAUGGAGCCCCAGGGGCCCGACGGGGAUGAUGAUGGUGACGGCCCCAGUGAGGUGAAGCAGAAGGGGGCGGUGGUGGCCAUGAUAGACGCCCUGGAGAAGAUGGCACGAGAUGGGGACCUGUGUGAGGCGCUGCAGGGGCUGGACGUGGACACGGCCGAGCUGAUGGAGUGGGAGAGUGCCCUCCUCAGGCUGAGCCAGGGAUCCAACGGGACUGGGGGUGGGGAUACCUCGCCGGAGCUGGAUGACAUCAUGACCAAUGACAUCUUCUCUUACGUGGAGGAAGCCUUGUUCAAGGAGAGCAGCGAGGGGAGCGGUAACCAGCCCAACUGCUCCAUUAUGGUCAACAACAACCCUAACCUAAACCUGUUCACAGAGGUGUUUAACAACAACAACCAGGAUGGACCAUUCACAGGAAUGGUCAGCCCUACAGGUGUAGGACAGUGCAAGCCCGGGUUGCUUGACAGCCGCAGCUUUAUCCAUAAUGGCUCCCCAGUGAACAGUCUAAAUGGUCAGGUAACAGGCAAUGGACCAGAUGGUUUGGCAGGACAGAACCAGGCAGGACCACACCAGGUGUUCAACAGCACCCAGAGGCUCUCCCACUUUGGCCCCCAGAUCCCUCAGAUGGACCUGAACAUCCCCACCCUGCAGCAGCUACAGCUCAAUGACAUCUUCGCCCCCUCUCUGGAGCUCCCCGAGCUCAGUAUCCCACACAGCUCAGGCCAGAACGGGGCUGUUACGUUUUGCACCAACAUGGCUGGAUCCUGUGCUCAGGCACCGAACAACCACAUGGGAAGCCCUCAGGGUAUCACUGGCCAGGUCCACUCUAACCAGCCACCUCCACAGUUUUUCAUUCAUAAUGGCUUGCCAGCUACAAUGGCACCAAACGGACCUCAACAGAUCUCUGUUCCGCAGUCCAACCAUGUAGCACCUAGUCUGGUGGAUGGCUGGGCAUCCAUGAUUCCCAGUAAUGCCUUUGUUUCACCCCAGAUUGAAUCUAGCAAUCUCAAUCUAUCUAAUCCACUUCCGACUGCUUGCCUUCAGGGAAACAGUGCACCAUUUCAGUCACUCAAAAUCCAGAGAGUUCAGCAGUGGCCCCAGAACCAGCAGCAGCUGCCACCCCCAGCCAGCACAAUACAGAAUGGAAUAAUGGAAAAUGGACACACAUUCAUCCCUGACUGUCACAGUCAAGACACAGAGACGCAAAGAGUCCCUCUCACAGGCCUUUGGCCACAGAACCCCAACAGACUGUACCACCAAACUCAGCAUGGGGGAUUGGCCAAUGGCCAGCCUGCUCCAUCCAGUAGCUGCAUGUUUGAGAACAUCUCACCCCCCUUACCUAAUGGAAACAGCCACGUGGAUGGCACCAGGCUGGCCCCCACGUUGUCUGUAUGCCAGAGUAGGAUGGUGGACCCCCAGGACCAGAGUCCUCCACAGGGCUCUUGCUACUUUCAGUGGGGCCCCAGUGAGCCGGUGGUGGGCACGUCAGCCGUCAUCCAGGACAGCGCCAGCACCAGCCCCCCGUCUCGCCCGCUGGUGGCCAACAUAACCACCCCUGAGGGCCUACUGGCCAUGCAGCAGUACCUGGCUGGAUGCAGCGGAGUCGGACAGACACAGAUUCCAAGCCUCCCUGUCAUAGACAGCAAUGGAAUAUUCUCUUUACCACCCCUUGUAAAUGGAUCCAUGUGCUUUACAGAGCACAACCAAAUCAACUAUUGCAACUUCUAAACAUGCGUCACAUUGCCUUACGAGGUACAAAUGGCGGACAGAGAGAGGAGGAAGCCAUCGUACAAAUGGCGGACAGAGAGAGGAGGAAGCCAUCCAUGAAUCUAUUCAUCCUUCCAUGAAUCUAUUCAUCCUUCCGUGAAUCUAUUCAUCCUUCCGUGAAUCUAUUCAUCCUUCCAUCUGUACGCUUUCAUAGACAACCCUCUGCCUUAAGAGAUGUCUCAGUGAGGGUGUUGUGAAGACAAGCCAUCCCCUCAUCAUGUGUGGUCAAACACACCAUCCCAUCUCCCCAUAUCAGUGUUUGCAGUAAAUACAAGGACUCCUUUAAUUACACCUUGUCACUUCUGUCAGCAAUGGAACAAAAAAGCGGCAACUUCAAAUUGAACUGGUUUUCUUUGUGUUUUUGCAUUGUCUUCUGUUUUGUUUUGCCGAUGCCGUGCCUUUUGUUUUUAUUACCGUGUAACAACAAUUUCUGUCACAACUUGUUUGUUUAAUUGCCUUCAAUGAUAUGAAUGAAGUAUGAAUCCUCACUAGUGCAUUUGGCUGCCGUUAUAAUGGCUGGCGCUACAUGGCUUUUUAAGGUCAUGACCAAUUCCCAAAGUGAUAUUCUCAUGAAGCAAGCCGUAUUCAUUUUUUCCCCCAAACGUUUGUUUCUUGUGCACUUACAUUAUAGUCGGAUGGUGAUAGGACACCAUUCAAGUUUUCACUCAUGGGAAAACAAAACAAAAUACUAAUGUUGUACACAAAAAUAAAGUCACAACAAACAUUUUUGUAUGGAGUGUAAAUACAGAAAUUGAAUCUAUAUUCUUAUAUAAAGACAUUAUGUAAAACGAUGUGAGUGCACUUGUGUUUAUGACUGUGAUGAACAUGACUAUGUUUACAGCGUGUGUGUGUGCAAAGGCGUUCGUGUGUGUUUGUGUUCUCUUGUUCUGGAGAGUGAAUGAAGCAGUGUACAAAUGUCCCGUGGAACUCAGUUGGUAGAGCAUGGCACUUGCAACGCCAGGGUUGUGGGUUUGAUUCCCAAGGGGGACCAGUAUGAAAAUGUAUGGACUCAAUACUGUAAGUCGCUCUGGACAAGAGAAUCUGCUAAAUUGCUCAAAUGUAAAUGUACUAAUAGACAUUCUGAGGAAAAGAUGAUGUAUUUCAUUGAAAUGUCUGCAUUGGUUGCAGAGUAGGCAGUAUGACUAACCAUGCAAGGCAUGUGCUUUCAGAUGAUACCCCUUGUAAUGCUAUUGGUAUCCAAAUGUCAUUACAGUUUGACAAUACUCUGAUGCAGUAUGUCGAUAAUGUUAUAUCAAUAGUAGUAAACCCUUUGUUUGUUUUUCUUUGCCUUUGUUUUAUUUUGGUAUUAUCUAAACUUCACUAAGCCAUACGCUAACUUCUUAUGGUCAUAAUACAAACUGUGGAGGAAUGCGGGCCCUAAUGCUGCAUCUAUAAGGACUAGUAUAGUAACCAUAGUUACUACAGACAUGGGACUAGAAGUCGAACUUCCCACGAGGCUGCCAUGAUGACUCCGCAUAUUCAACAAAUGGAACUCCAUGUCAGUCAAUGAUUGACAGAAAGAUGGCAGAUCCUCCCAAUUGAAAUGUCCCCUGACACUGAAGGCUCCCGUCAUCACUCAUCUCUUGUCUCCCUCAGAGGGCUCUGAGACUAAAUCAAUAUGGCCACCCACCUUUCAUUUCCUUUGACCUACUUCCUCAUUCUGCUCAUAUGACAGGGCAAGAUAGAUGAGAGGAAUAUGGAGGAAACUAAACCCGGCCAACUAGAGGGCCUCUCCUGCCAAACUGCUCUCACCAUUUCAGCUCGCUCAGUUCAGUAAGGCAGAGGAAAGUACAUAUAGUAAAGGGAGCUAUUCUAUGUAUUGGGUAUAUUCACAUUUAGCUUUGGCUUUUAAAAUUGUAUUUAGUAAUUGUUCUUGUUGCUUUAACCAGCUGAUAUACAAGCUUUCAAAGUGCCUGCCUUGAAAUGUUGAUAAAGUUUCUCGUAUCAAAGCGUAUAUAAAAGAAAGGGAAGGGUAUGCUAUACAGUAUACUGUAUAUUAGCCCUGAGCCAUGUAGCUAUUCUUUAAGCGCACUCUUCAACAGUCUUCAACAUCAGGCAGUUGCAGAGUUCAGCAUCAAUAUAUUAUGAAUAUUUACAUUUUUGCAUUUGUUGGUUGUAUGUUUGUUUAUUUGUAUGUUUUGUUAUUACGUCUAGUGGCCUUACAACAUCAGUUAGACAGGUAUUCUCUUUGUAAGCCUUUAUUUCCACAGAAAUAUAUAAUUUAGUGUAGUUCACUUGUAUUUAGCCAAGUAUAGUGUAUGCAAUGUAUUGAUAAUUACCAACUUACUUGUUACCAUUUGUUCCUUAAUUGUACAAUUCAAUUUCAUAUUAAAAAUACUCCUAAUAACUUA